AUGCCGGAGCACGAUCUCGUCGCGCUCACCUCAAUGCUCAUAGUGCACAUCCAGUCGGGGGAUCUCGAGCAAGCCAAGGCCAUCUUCGCCCGAAUGCCCGACCAGGACAUCAUCUCCCAGACAGCGAUGAUCCAGGCCUUCUCGCAAAACGGCCAGCUCCGAGAGGUCGGCUCAUCUUCGAGGAGAUGCCCGUCCAGAACAUCGUCUUGUGCACAGCUCUUCUCUCCUCGUAUGCUCAGAGCGGCGAUCUGGACCGAGCAAAACAGAUGUUUGACAAGAUGCCGCAGCGGGACGCCAUUGCUGGACGUCUCUCGUCGCCGCCUACGCUCAGAGCAAUCACUUGGAGCCAGUCCACAACUUGGUGCUCACCACGGCCAAUACUCGCAGCUCGGGAGAAUCGACGAGGCCGAGGCGGUGUUCGACGAAGUGUUGGUGAAAGACAUCCUGGCCUGGAACACGAUGUUGGAGGCUUACUCGCAGCAUGGCUACAUCGAAGAACUACGGAACACUUUCGACGCUAUGCCGGAGAGGAAUAUCGUCUCGUGGAACAUCGCAGUGGCGACAGCACGGGCACGUCGACGAAGCUCGAAAGCUCUUCUCCAGCAUGCCACAGCAGGACUGCGUUUCCUGGACGAUCAUGAUCGCGGGCUAUGCCCGGAACGGGUAUAUGAGACACUUUCGACGCCAUGCCACCGGUGUCUUCCGAGAUGCAGCCACGCGGGAUUGUUUUCUCGGGGACUCGGCUACUUCCGAUCGAUGGUCUUCGACUUCGACGUGGAUCCUGUCCGCGAGCACUACAGCUGCGUGGUUGAUAUCCUCGGCCGGUCCGGACAGCUCGAAGAGGCCGAGGAGCUUCUGGGUUCUAUCCCGUUUGAACUGGAUGCUGCGAGCUGGGGGGCUCUUCUCGGUGGCUGUGGGAUUCACCGCGACGUCCAGCGUGGAGAGCGAGCGGCAGAGAAUGCACUCAAGCUGGAUCCGAGCGAGGACGGCGCUCGGAUGCUCUUGGCCAACAUCUAUAAAGCUGUUGGUCGGACGCAGUUGCAUCCUAUCAGUAGACCCACGAAAGUGCUCUCAGUAGGCUUGAGUCCCUCGAGGUUGAGCUCCCGGAAGAGCUCCACGGCGGUCUUGUACGAGCCAUUCUCGGCAUAG